AUGGCGGCGCUGCGGGCGCUGCGGUGGCGGCGGCGGCUCCCGGGGCUGGGCCCGAGGCGGCUCCUGGGGACCGUGAGCGCCCCGAGGAGCUGGCCGCAGUUCCCCGGGGCCUCGGCCGAGUUCGCCGAACGCCUCGAGUUCAUCCAGCCCCAGGUGCUGUCCGGGAUCCCGGUGUACCGGGUGAUGGACCGGCAGGGACAGGUGAUACGGAAAUCCGAGGAUCCCCAGCUGCCCAAGGAGCAGGUGCUGAAGCUCUACAAGACGAUGACGCUGCUCAACACCAUGGACAGGAUCCUGUACGAGUCCCAGCGACAGGGCCGCAUCUCGUUCUACAUGACCAACUACGGCGAGGAGGGGACGCACGUGGGCAGCGCCGCCGCCCUGGACAGCAGCGACCUGGUGUUCGGGCAGUACCGCGAGGCAGGUGUGCUGCUGUACCGCGGGUACCCCCUGGAGCUGUUCAUGGCCCAGUGCUACGGCAACGCGCGCGACCCCGGCAAGGGCCGCCAGAUGCCGGUGCACUACGGCUGCCGCGAGCGCCACUUCGUCACCAUCUCGUCCCCGCUGGCCACGCAGAUCCCGCAAGCGGUGGGCGCGGCGUACGCCAUCAAGCGCGCGGACGCGAGCCGCGCCGUCGUCUGCUAUUUCGGCGAGGGCGCGGCCAGCGAGGGCGACGCGCACGCCGGCUUCAACUUCGCCGCCACCCUCGAGUGCCCCAUCGUCUUCUUCUGCCGCAACAACGGCUACGCCAUCUCCACGCCCACCUCGGAGCAGUACCGGGGCGACGGCAUCGCCGCCCGGGGUCCCGGCUACGGGCUGCUCUCGAUCCGCGUCGACGGCAACGACGUCUUCGCCGUCUACAACGCCACGCGGGAGGCGCGGCGGCGCGCGGUGGCCGAGAACCAGCCCAUCCUCAUCGAGGCCAUGACCUACAGAAUCGGCCACCACAGCACGAGCGACGACAGCUCGGCGUACCGCUCGGUGGACGAGGUGAAUUACUGGGACAAGCAGGAUCACCCCAUCUCCCGCCUGCGGCACUACCUGGGCCACCGCGGCUGGUGGGACGAGCAGCAGGAGAAGGAGUGGCGGAAGAGCUCCAGGAAAAUGGUGCUGGAGGCGUUCGAGCAGGCGGAGCGGGAGCCGAAGCCGCCGCCGCUGCUGCUCUUCUCGGACGUUUACGUGGAGAUGCCCCCGAGGCUGCGGCGGCAGCGCCAGGAGCUGCAGCGGCUGGAGACGUACGGGGAGCACUACCCGCUGCAGCACUUCCAGAAAUAGCCACAAAAAACGCCGCGUUCUGGGGCGAAAAACGGCGGUUUUGGGCAAAAGUCCUGAAAUUCUGCAAACCUGCCUUAAAUCCGCCCCGAGUCUGCCCCCAGAACUCGCCUGGAGACCCACGGGGAGCGCUGCCCGCUGCAGCACCUCGGACAUAGCGAAAAUUCGGGGAUUUUGGGGGAAAAAAACGGGGAUUUUGGGCAAAAAUACUGAAAUUCUGCAAAUUUACCCCGAA